GAGGCUGCCUCCAGUUGCGCCCAGGAGGCCGGUUAAAAGGCACCGGAGGAGCCCUUCCAGGGGGCCAGCAGCAGGAGGAGGAGGGUUGGAAGGAAGCCGGGCAGAGCAGCCCGCAGCAACCCCUCGCCGGGCAAGGAAGGCACAGGCUCGCCAAGCCCUCCUCAAAGCCCCGGAUCCCGUGCUCUCUCCUCCAUCAGGAGCAGGAGGAGGAGGAGGCUCCGUUCAUUCAGGGACAUCCGCUGACCCAGAGCCCCAAGCAACGCCUGGACUUUGGCAUCGCAGCCAGGGCUGAAGUCGGGAUUGGGUCUCCCUUCAGAAGAGGGAGGAAGCAAGCCAAGCCAGGGGCUCCUCCAGGGCGCUCCGGCUCCGCCGAGGGAGGCUUGGGCUGAAGCAGGGUCCAAAGGGAAAAGCCAGGGCUCCAGGGCCCUUCUCGGGCUUUGCAAAGGGAGGCCUCGGAGCCAGGGCUGAAGCCGGGUUUGGCCUCCCUUUGCAGCCAAGCCUCCAUCCCCCCGAAGCCGAGAAGGAGGAGCAAGGGCUAAAAAGGCCCCCUCUGCCUGGCCCUCGGAGCAGGACCCGGCCUCCUUGCCAGCCAGGAAAGCCCCAGCCCCAGCGCUCUCCCCUGCCUUGGGGCUCUCCCCGAUGCUGGACACGCUCCGCCCGGCCCCCUCCCCCUCCAUGGCGCCGGGCAAGACGGUGGCCUGGCUGAAGGAGCAGCUGGAGGCCGGCAACGAGCGGCUGCUGCUGAUGGACUGCCGCCCGCAGGAGCUCUACGAGUCCUCGCACAUCGAGUCGGCCAUCAGCGUGGCCCUGCCGGGGCUCAUGCUCCGGAGGCUCCAGAAGGGCAACCUGCCCCUCCGCGCCCUCUUCGCCUCCGGCGCCCGCGAGGAGGAGCGGCAGACCUUCGCCCGCCGCUGCUCCACCGACACCGUCGUCCUCUACGACGAGAGCAGCGAGUGGAACGAGAACCACGCCGCCCCCGGCGCCGGCUCCGUCCUGGGGCUGCUCCUCAAGCGCCUCAAGGAGGACGGCUGCAAGGCAUACUACCUGGAAGGUGGUUUCAGCAAGUUCCAGGCAGAAUAUGCUCUCCAUUGUGAAACUAACCUAGACAGUUCCUGUAGCAGCAGCUCUCCCCCUUUGCCAGUCCUGGGUCUAGGAGGCCUCCGAAUCAGCUCAGACUCUUCUUCAGACAUUGAAUCUGACAUUGACCGAGAUCCAAACAGUGCCACCGACUCUGAUGGCAGCCCUCUGUCCAACAACCAGCCUUCCUUCCCAGUGGAGAUCUUACCUUACCUCUACCUGGGCUGUGCCAAGGAUUCCACCAACUUGGAUGUUCUGGAAGAGUUUGGCAUUAAAUACAUCUUGAAUGUCACCCCCAACCUGCCAAAUCUUUUUGAAAAUGCUGGAGAAUUUAAAUACAAGCAGAUCCCCAUCUCUGACCAUUGGAGCCAAAAUCUGUCUCAGUUUUUUCCCGAGGCCAUCUCUUUUAUAGAUGAAGCUCGUGGGAAGAACUGUGGGGUGCUUGUGCAUUGCCUGGCGGGGAUCAGUCGCUCAGUCACCGUGACAGUUGCAUACCUUAUGCAAAAGCUCAACCUCUCCAUGAAUGAUGCUUAUGACAUUGUCAAGAUGAAAAAAUCCAACAUCUCUCCCAACUUCAACUUCAUGGGACAACUGUUGGACUUUGAGAGGACUCUGGGGCUGAACAGCCCAUGUGACAAUCGGGUGCCCAGUCAACAGCUGUACUUCACCACUCCUUCCAACCAAAAUGUCUUCCAAGUGGACUCGCUGCAGUCCACGUGAGUGUCAGCCAAUUCCUAACUCUUCCAACCUUUGGUCAUGUGAUCAUUCCUCAAUGGUUCUCUUUGACAGCAGCAAACAAAAGCUGUGCUCUUUUGUGGCCACUGCUAUUGAACAGGGUCUGCCUGCGUGCUUAACAAAAUAAAAGGUUACAAAGUUUGGAAUCGGCUGUUGCAAAGGAAGGGGACUUGCUGAAUUUUCCAAGGGGGAAAAUAAAAGGAACUUCAACUAUUAUUGGUUAGGUAGGCAGCUUAUUUUUGUUCAGUGCACAAAACAAACACAAAACCCCACCUAUGCAGUGACUUGGAACUGAGGACUUCCAAACACAAUUAGGGGGAGAACAGACACUCUGAGCACAUGUCCUCUAUGGUAAGACUGGGAGAAAUGUAUUAGUUUCAUUUGUAAUAUCUGUUACUGUCUUCAGUGAAGACUUAAUUGUUUAAGUUUUUUUCCUUGUAUUGAUUUAGAGGAGCCAAAGAAGGGUUUCAGCUCAAUUUAUUUGGAAUAUUUGUUUGCCAAGAGCUUUAUCAUGCUUGGCUUUUGAUCGAUGUCAAUGUUUUAAAUUGCAAAUGAAUAAGAGACAUCAGUUUAAUGAUAGGUACUAAAGAUCAGCCUAAGGGAUAGCAUUUAUCUCCAUACUUUUCUGUAAUCCAUUUUUUCCUCUGUGCACAGGAUACAUUUGCAGCAUGUUAAAUGAGACAAACUUUCUUCCUCAGUUAGAAAUGGAAUGUCUUUGCUUUUGAGAUUUGUUUAUUCACAGUCUUUGAAUGAAUGAAAUCAUAUUCCCCUCCCCAUCAGAUGAUGGUGGUGAUCUCUCCCUCUCUUUCUCUCGCUAAAAAUAUAUGUGUUUCUUGGGUGUGCCAUCAGUGCAGGGUUUCAUUAUGACUUUUUUUGCCUUAUCUUUGUAAAUAAUUUAGCUUGCUUUUUUUUUUCUUUUGGAAGAGAGUUAUGUCUUCAGAUAGAAGGAACUAAUUUUUGUUCAGUUCUAAAUAAACAAGAAAAAAUGGAUAUGUGCUAAACAGUGCAUUACCUCUGUACAAACUCUUCAGGGAGCUUCACCUCAAAUGCAAUAUUUUGCAUUAUUUUUGUAUGAAACUGGAAGUGUGUGUGAGCAUUGUGUAUCUGUGUAUAUGCAAGAGAAUCUUGCACACAAUAGUCAAUAAGGGAGAGUCUCUGCCAGUGUAAAUUUGCGGUUUUAUUCUAAAGAAUGUAAGAUCAUAAAUUAUUAAUAAAUAACUAUUUUUGGCUAUGGAGAA